AUGGAGGUCAAAGUCGAGCCAGAACACAUAUCGACGACAUAUCCAGGUCCCGUCCACAUCGCCGUGAUAGGUGGCACUGGGCUGGAACACCUGCCGGACUUCCACAAAGCCGCCGUUCUGACCGUCGACACGCCCUGGGGCUCGCCGUCGUCGCCCAUCACCAUCCUGGAACACCCCUCCCCGACCACGGGCCACCCGAUCCCCAUCGCCUUCCUCGCCCGCCACGGCCCACACCACGCCCUCGCGCCCCAUGAAGUCCCCUCCCGUGCGAACAUCGCCGCCUUGCGCCACAUCGGCGUGAGGUGCAUCAUCGCCUUCUCCGCCGCGGGCAGUUUGGCCGAGGAGGUCAAGCCGAGGGAUUUUGUCGUCCCGGACCAGGUCAUUGAUCGAACAAAGGGGGUCAGGCCGUGGACUUUCUUCGAGGACGGCGUCGUUUGUCAUGUCCCCUUUGCGGACCCGUUUGAUGCAAAGGUAGGAAACGUGGUGAGACGGUGCGGUCAUAGUUUGGAGGGAGAAGGGGUGGUCUUGCACGAUUCGGGAACUUUGGUUGUUAUGGAGGGACCACAAUUCAGCACUCGCGCCGAGUCGAACUUGUACCGCCAAUGGGGCGGUACCGUUAUCAAUAUGUCGACCUUGCCAGAGGCCAAGCUCGCUGCCGAAGCUGAGAUUGCCUAUCAGGUCAUCCUAAUGAGCACGGACUACGAUUGCUGGCACGACGUCCAUGGCGACGUUUCGGUCGAGAUGGUCAUGGGCCACAUGCGGGCCAACGCCGUCAACGCCCGCCGCUUCAUCGCUGCCGUUCUGGAUGAGCUCUCCAAAGAAGAACACGAUGACCUUGUCCGAGCCACGCAUCUUGCCGAGGGAAGGAAGUUUGGCGUCAGUACAUACCCCGAAGGACGUGGAGAGAAGGCACUGGAGAAAUUGAGGUGGUUAUUCGAGGGCUAUUUCUGA